CGACCGCGUCAAGGUCGCCUGCAAGGACCUCGGAAACGUCGAUCGCCUGUAAAAUAGCCCUACACUGUCUCCCCCCCCCUCCCUCGUCCUCGCUCUCCCUCUUUCUCCUCCUCCGCUCAUAUAUCGAGCUUUUUAUUUUUCAUUUCUUUCAGUACAUUUUCCUCAACCAAGACAUGAUGAGCGCUCCACCACUGUCGUUGAGCGCAGCUCUUCUUUGUGCAAUACCUAGUAUGAACUCUGUUCUCUCUCAUAAAAAAAAAAACAAACACUGCGAUCACGAAAAAGUUUUCCAGUGGAAUGGUACGUUGUCUUUUUUUUCGUUUUUCAAAGGAGGACCGGUCAGCUGUUCGUUAUUUGAGAUAUGCACCCUGAACUACAUGCCUUGACUAGACCCUCGUCUGAACAGUCCGUGUCCCCCGUUUUUCAUGCAGUUCCAAAAAAAUAAAUAAAUAAAAUAAUAAAAUAAAAUAAAAAGAAGUCAAUUGUAUGUAGACUACCCGUUUAGCAACAUCCCCCGAUUGGCAGAGAUGUUUCGCAGCUUGGCUGUCUUAGUCUGUGCACCAGAGACCCAUAGAACCAGAAACCCAGAGGAAUGAAUGGAUGCACAGCUGCACCCUUUUUUGGAGGGGAGUCCAGAAGAAACUAACAGCGCGGA